AUGACCGACGACGAUCAUACCGCCCGGGAUCUUUGGCUCGCCAUCGAGGGCCUCUUUCGCACCAACAAGCAAUCCCGGGUGAUCUUCCUCAGCCACGACUUUCACUCCAUGACGCAGGGCACCUCCUCUAUCGCCGAGUACUGCAGCCGCAUGAAGACCCUCGCCGACGCCCUCCGCGACGUCGGCCAUCCCGUUCAGGACUCCCAACUUGUCCUAAACCUGCUCCGCGGCCUCAACCCGCGCUUCUCCAACACCGCCGACAACAUCGCCAACUCCUCCGCCGGCUUCCCGUCCUUCGCCCAGGCGCGGGACAUGUUCGCCCUGAAAGAACUUCACCUCGCUAACAAGGAGAAGAUCUCUAACUCCAUUGCCCUCCUCGUCGGGACCUCCUCGUCUUUCGGCUGUACGGGCAGGUGUCGCUCGGCGUCUGGUUCUGUCCAGACUGGCGGCAGCGGCAGCAGCAGUAGCGGCGGCCGCGGCGCCGACAGUAGCGGCAAGAAGAAGUAG